CACCCCUUGUUAGUGAUAUGGAACGGGUGUGGUUCACACACCCUUUUCUUCUCACCUUGACAAUCGAAUAAUAAGCAACCGGACACUCACACCGCCUCGCUCAGAAACUGCAGUGCCGUUCGCCCUCUCCUGCACCGCGCCGGUCGACGUCGCUCCGGCCCGCCCCCGCCUCCCUCCUCCUCCUCCUCCUUCAGCGUCGAUCUUCAUCCGGCCUCGCCCACCGGCGCUCCUCCCCGCCCUGUCUCGCUGUCCUUCCGCGUCCCACCACAGCAUCAUUCGCCCGGUCGCGCCGGGCGCCCACCAGCUGCUCGUCGAAACGCCGCAGAGGCGUUCGACCGCCUCCACGCGUCCUCGGCUGCUCUCGCCCUCGCGGCGGCGGACCGGGUCCCAUGUCGCAGGCCAAGCGGUACGUGCUGCGCCUCUUCAUCUCGCUCAAGUACGUGACGGCCAACGUGGUGGACCGGCAGAGCGGCCGCGUCGUGGUCACCGCCUCCACCGUCGAGAAGCCCCUCCGGGACGGCCUGGAGUGCGGCCGCGCCUGCAACGCCAAGGCGGCCGCCGCCGUCGGCGAGGUGCUCGCCAUGCGCCUCCGGGUGGACGGCCUGGCCCACGAGCCCAUCCACGCCGACGCCGCCAAGGAGGUCGAGAAGAAGGGCUUCAAGAACCGCACCAAGGUCUGGGCCAUCCUCAACGCGCUCCGCAGCCACGGCGUCAACCUCCACGUCGAUGACGACGGCGACCAUAGGCGGCAUGUCUGACGAGCAUCAGUGCAGAUCAUGGUGGUCAGAGUGAACUCCUAAUGGUGCUAGAGCGCUGGAGAAAUGUUGCGGUAAUGGUGGAGCUGACGGCAUCGUGUCCCUGGCUCUUGAACGGCUUCCCAGAACCAAUAUCAUUUUCUGCAAACAAGUACUGUAGUGGUUUAGUCCGAGUUGUGGAAAUACGAAGCAAGUCACUCUCUGAACUUCUAAAAACUGUAAACCAAAUUCAGUGUUUGGGCCGGUAGCUUUAUCUGUUCCUUUGCAUGGUU